CAUGGAAGACUAACGCCGAGAGUGGCACCGGGCGACAAUGAGGCCAUGUUGUUGGAGUAGGUGGUUACGAAGACGUCUUCAAGUCGUGACUAUCGCAGCGGCAUGUUGAUUCGAGUUAGGGGUCGAUGUUGCAGGAACGGAGGGUGGAAGUCGAACGACGUGUUGCGACAUGGGCGUGUCUUGAGUCUCGUGGCUGGAGACGUUGAUGGUUGCGGAGAAGGCACCAGCACAAGCAUCAAGCACGGCCGCAAUCGAAGCCCUGAACCAACAAGCCAGACCUUGGACCAACGUCACUCAGCAACCAAUCCACGCCCAUACCGCGACCGCUGUUGUCUGCCUCUACCACCACCCACCACCCACCACCCACCACACUUUCUCUCACCGCAAUCAUGUCGCAAAUCCACGCCAUGUCAGACGAUCAGGUCGCCUCGGAGCUGCGCAAGAUGACGGCCUUCAUCCGCCAGGAAGCCCUGGAGAAGGCCCGCGAGAUCCAUCUCAAGGCCGACGAGGAGUUCGCCAUUGAAAAGUCCCAGCUUGUGCGCCAGGAGACCCAGUCCAUCGACGCCCAGUAUGAGAAGAAGUUCAAGCAGGCCUCCAUGUCCCAACAAAUCACAAAGUCCACCCUGUCCAACAAGACAAGACUGCGCCUGCUGAGCGCUCGUCAAGAGCUGCUCGAUGAUCUUUUCGACCAGGCCAACAACAAGCUUGCAGACUCCGCAAAGGACCAAGCCAAAUACCAGGACAUUCUCAAGAACCUCAUCCUCGAGGGCCUCUACGCCUUGAACGAGUCCAAGAUCUCCGUCCGCUGCAGGUCAAAGGACGACCAUGUUGUUCGCAAGGCUGCCGAUGCUGCCCAGGCAGAGUACAAGGAAAAGAUGCAUGGUCGUGAGACCGAGAUUAAGAUUGACGAGAAGGACAAGCUGCCCGAGGAGACCUCCGGUGGUGUCACCAUUGUCAACUCGACCGGCAGAAUCGACAUCAACAACACCUUCGAGGAACGUCUUCGUCUGCUUCAAUCCGAGGCUCUGCCCAGCGUGCGAGCCACUCUCUUCGGCGAGAACAAGAACAGAAAGUUCAAGGACUAAAUCAUUUCCUCUUGCCUCUCUCUAAUUUCCCUCCAAACGUCCUUUUGCAUACUUAGGUAUCCCGAGCCAGCGCAGUCUGUAGAUAUCGCUUUU